CGCUUCGAAGUAUAACAACUUUUCACUCUGCUAUACAAAAAUGACUGGCCGCGGCAAAGGAGGUAAAGGACUUGGCAAAGGAGGCGCCAAGCGGCAUCGUAAGGUUCUUCGUGAUAACAUCCAGGGAAUCACAAAACCAGCCAUUCGUCGUCUGGCUCGUCGUGGAGGAGUGAAGCGCAUCUCUGGAUUGAUCUACGAAGAAACUCGUGGCGUGCUGAAGGUGUUCCUGGAAAACGUUAUCCGUGAUGCUGUGACCUAUACUGAACAUGCCAAGCGAAAGACCGUCACCGCGAUGGAUGUCGUCUAUGCGCUGAAACGCCAGGGACGCACACUGUACGGUUUUGGAGUGAAACCACCAAGGUGUGAUAAAAUGGCUGAAACCGCUACUGAAGUUGCUGCUGCUGCUCCUACUGCUGCCACUCCGGCCAAGGCUCCGAAAAAGGCCAAGGUUGCCAAGAAACCGAAACAGCCUGCGGCCCAUCCACCAGUGAAUGAUAUGGUUCUGGCUGCCAUCAAGACCCUGAAGGAACGCAACGGAUCCUCGCUGCAGGCCAUCAAAAAGUACAUCGCUGCCAACUACAAGUGUGAUGUUGCCAAGCUGUCCACAUUUAUCAAGAAAGCCUUGAAAUCGGGCGUCGAGAAGGGAAAGCUUAUUCAAACUAAGGGAACCGGUGCUUCCGGUUCGUUCAAGAUUAAGGCUGACGCUAAGAAACCGGCUGUUGGGAAGAAGCCAAAGAAGGCUGCUGCUGCCACAAAAAAGCCAAAGAAGGCUUCCGGAGAGAAGAAAAAAGCCGCCAAGAAACCAGCUGGCGAGAAGAAGCCAAAGGCCGCCACGAAGCCAACUGCAAGCGGAAAAGCAGUUAAAAAAGCCGGCAAGGCAACGAAGGCUAUUGUGAAAGGAGACAAGAAGAAGCGCAAGCAACGCAGAAAGGAAAGCUAUGCUAUCUACAUCUACAAGGUGUUGAAACAAGUCCACCCGGACACCGGAGUUUCAUCGAAGGCCAUGAGUAUUAUGAACAGCUUCGUCAACGACAUCUUCGAACGCAUUGCAUCCGAAGCAUCUCGGCUGGCUCAUUACAACAAGCGUUCUACGAUCACUUCCCGCGAGAUACAGACCGCCGUUCGUCUGCUGCUGCCAGGAGAAUUGGCCAAGCACGCCGUCUCGGAAGGCACUAAGGCUGUCACCAAGUACACUAGCUCCAACAUAUGUUGGGUAGUCGAAAAAGAGCGCGCGAAUGCAGACAGCAGAAACCCAACAAUGGCCCGUACUAAGCAAACCGCUCGUAAGUCCACCGGAGGCAAGGCUCCUCGCAAGCAACUGGCAACGAAAGCUGCGCGCAAAAGUGCCCCCGCCACGGGAGGAGUGAAGAAGCCUCAUCGCUAUCGGCCAGGAACCGUCGCCCUGCGUGAAAUCCGUCGUUACCAGAAAUCCACUGAAUUGUUAAUCCGCAAGCUGCCAUUCCAGCGUUUGGUCCGUGAAAUUGCUCAGGACUUUAAAACGGAUUUGCGAUUCCAGAGCUCAGCCGUUAUGGCUCUACAGGAAGCCAGCGAGGCUUAUCUGGUUGGUCUGUUCGAGGACACCAAUCUGUGCGCCAUCCACGCAAUGACUGGCCGCGGCAAAGGAGGUAAAGGACUCGGCAAAGGAGGCGCCAAGCGGCAUCGUAAGGUUCUUCGUGAUAACAUCCAGGGAAUCACAAAACCAGCCAUUCGUCGUCUGGCUCGUCGUGGAGGAGUGAAGCGUAUCUCUGGAUUGAUCUACGAAGAAACCCGUGGCGUGCUAAAGGUGUUCCUGGAAAACGUUAUCCGUGAUGCAGUGACCUACACUGAACAUGCCAAGCGAAAGACCGUCACCGCGAUGGAUGUCGUCUAUGCGCUGAAACGCCAGGGACGCACACUGUACGGUUUUGGAGGUUAAAUAUAAUCCAUGACGGAAG